ACAGGUGUCAGACACGGUCACCUUUAGCUCCGGUCCCGCGUCACCAUGACGUGACAGCACGCCGCACGCGCCUCCUUUCACCACAGCCACGAUGGUUAAAUAUCCUGUUUGACGGUCGAGAGGUGUGAAGCUGUCACUUUCAAAAGGUCGGAGGAGAAUGCCAUUCAAGUUCGCAUGCUGGGCCGCUUCAUUCAGUGGCUGACCCACUUCUCCACUGCAACCUGCCAGAAAACGUGACCAGUGGCAUCGAUAAUGAGAAUCAGAAGUAAGAGUGUUGCUCACUCACACACACAUAGACGCACACGCACGCAACACAAAGCACACAAAGCAGACAAAUUUCACACCUGCCUGCAAAUUUGGGGACACUGCUUGUGUCGCAAGCUGAUUUAUAAGUGCUUGCGGUUAACAAUAGUGUUUGUUAAUUCUACAUUUGAUUGAGCUCUGAAUAUUAAGGUCUCUUCUUUUUUUAGCUUUUCAUUGUUCUCAUUGAGCGUCUAAGGAUUGCUUGGGUGUCGUUUACAUUUAAUGUGGGUGCUACAACCCUCAGUCCAAAACAAGAACCACGCAAAUCAUCACAUGUAUUAUUGUGAUGAUUUAAAUCAUAAAGUAGUAAAACAAAUGUGUAAACACAAUGGAAACAAAUGUGGAGCCAGAAGUCUACUGGCUGACCUCCAAGUGCACUUGUCAAGAUGCCCACUGACCUCAUUGACUCUCAAAUUUCUCUCUCUCUCGCUCUCUCUCUCUCUUUCAUUCUGGGACAUAAUCACUGUUUCCACGGGUCUCAUGCUUCCUUUUCACACAUUCAUGCAGUUAUAAAUCUUUGUUUUCUGCUCUCAGUCUCUUUGCAGCUUCAUUCACAUGUUCUCAUUAAAUAAAGUCACUAUUUCAGUCCUGGGAGAACUCAAUCACCCCCAAUCCCCACUGACUUAAUAGGUUAUUAUUAGGCGCCAGCAAUUCCCAAUUAUACAGUCAUACUUAUUGAUUGGGCUGAAAAAAUGAAUUUUAAAAACAUUAUUGUUGGGCUGAUUAGAAUCAGGAUUUAGCAUCAGGACUGUAGAUAUGAAGUAACAGUCCAGGAGAUGCAAAUCAUACAAUUGUGGGGGGGGAUGGGGCUCUCCCAUGCUCCCAGGGUAGUGUGGGCCCCCCCGCUGAUGGAGGCUUGAGUCCUCCUGCAGUGGCCCCAGGUUUGGUGCCAACCUGGCUAUUUCCUUUUUCCCAUUCUUGUGAACAUAGCGAGGGAGUUUCUACAAAUUUGGUACAAACCUUCAAACUUGGUCUAAUUGAGUACCUGAUUGGAUUUGUGUGGUUUAGGUUUAGGUCACAAAAUAAGAUUUUUUGGCCUGUUAAUCAGUUGACAGUUGGAGUCAAAGAUUACUGUUCUCUACUGAGUGCAAAGCGCAUUAAUCAGCAAUAGAAAUGUUUUUUAAUGUCCUGUAUAUAAUGUAAAUCUGUGUAUGUUGGUGAACCUCAUCUUAAGACUUAUACAACUGUCUCUGGUCAACAAGUCUGAGAACAUCAGGUCCUUGCUGUUGAUUUAUCAAGAGUCGUUUGUGUCUCAUGAUGUCAAGACACCCGACAGGAAAAUCUAAUAUUUUACACUAAAUUUACCAGCUGCUUAUCACAGCCACAACAAAGCAGCUGUACACUGAGAACAUAUCCACGGUGCAGUUUCACACAGCUGUACAUUUCCCCACUGUCCGCCUCCCACAGUUUCCCACAGCUUCUAUCUUUUAUCUAAACGCUCUUUGUCUUCUGAUUGCUCACCGUCGUCUUCUUGUGUCUGAUAUGUGACAUUCAAGGCUGUGUGUGAGUGUGAUUGUGUGUGCGUGUGUGUGUGUGUGUGUGUGUGUGUGUGUACAUGAAAACUGCAUUAUGUGUGAGUGGGUGCUUUUGUCAGCAUGUGACUGUUCCUUCUCAGUAAAUAAGUUGAUGGUUACAUCCUCUUUGAUUACACAUAGAUCUGCUUCUCCUCGCUGAAUUGUAGUACAAUAAUUAAUGUCUGGUUUACAGCAGCCACAGGAAAGCUUUUGAGUCACCGGCAUUUUGAGGACGAAAGAAAAAGUGGUUUCACUCCCAAAAGAAUAUUGAAUCCUGUGCAGUCACUGUGUAUCUCCGGAUGGAGGUCAUUUCAUAUCCAGAUAACCUUCCCGAUACCGAUCCCAUUAACUGGAUUUUGUGUAUUUGUCGAUAUCGAGUACCGAUCCGAUAUAACUUGUAUAAUGUAUUUUAACAGCUGCAUACUGUGUAGAAGUGAUUUCUACCAAUGUUGUACGGCUUUGCUCUGGUUAAACCCUUUGGAAAUCAAAUGCAUAAUGAAUUUCAUAGCUUGAAUGUUACAGAGCUAAAGUCCAGCAUACGGCACAUGUCACUGAUUUACUUGUGGGACUUUCCAGUGUGAUAAGUUGCAGGACUGCUGUAAAAACAGUACUUGCCAGCGGCCGUUCAAUGCAAUUACUGAUUUGGCGUGGCAAAGCUGAAGGGUUGUUUCUGAAUGGAUGCAAACAGCUGCACUUUUCCAUGUUGUGCGCCAUGCAGGCAGCUUGGCGAGCUCACGACGGGCCACGAUGUGCACUGUGAAGACCACUUAUGCGACCAGUAGAAAUGAAGCUGCCAGCCAGACACAAAAUGAGCAAUGGAGCAAAAGCACAUGUUGUGUGAGUCUGGAUCCCCCGAGAAUUAUUUAAUAGGUAAUAGUACAAUUAGUUCCUGUAAAAAUGUUGUGCUGAACCGUCAAACGUAGCGCACAUCGUGUUCCAUGUGGACCAGCCUGAAGAAGUGAUAUCUGAGAAAAUAAAAUUCCAGCUCUUAUCUUGGUGAAACCUAUUUCUUUUAAAGAAGUGGCAUCAGAUUGGUGAUUCGAUUUGUGUACUCGUAGAUACCUGACCUGGCGUUUUCAGCAACAUAAAAGACUGUACCUGGUACCGGUAUGGGAAAACCUCUACAGAAAACCAUACACAUCUUUACUUGAUUUCAACAAUCUUGGUGUUUUCCUUGAUAUUUCUUCUUCAAAUCCCUUUGUUCUGCUUGUAUCCUCUGAAAUACCCAUCGUGUUUAAGCCCAAGGCUGCUUAGUUAGUCACCUGAACAAAUCCAUCAAAACAAUCUGCUUCUAUUCCAGUGAGGCUUUAAUGAAGACCGACUCAAACAGAGCACCUCGUUUUACCUUCAAGCACAACAACAUCAUUAUUGUGUUCUCUCAGAUUGGGCUUGUUUUUAUCAUAGUUCAAAUAAACAACGCACGUGAAUAAUACAAUUGGCAUUUAUGGUUUAAAAGACAAAUUAAGUCAUAUGACAACCUCACCUUGGACUCUGUUGCAUUCUGAUUGACAUCUUUCUCUAUUUUGAACAGAAAUACAUGGUGUGUUUGUGUUUGUGUGUGCGUGUGUGUGUGUGUGUUCACCUCACACAGCCCCAUUCCCGCUGACCUGACCGUGAGACAGAGGAUGCGUCUGUGAACCCAAAGCCCCGUAAACACUUGCUCAAAUGCUCUCGGUCUGUUGUUGGUUGGGGUAGCAAGCGACACAGUAAAAGAGAGAGAGAGAUAGAGAGAGAGAGAGUGUGUGUUGGUGAGCUCAGAGCGGGGAUGGGGGGAGGAGGGGCUCUCAGACUCCACAACAACGAGAGAGAGACCGGUGAGGGGAGAGAGAAUGCGGCAGAAGGAGCGAGCAGACUGUCAGUGUACAACUCUGGGAGAGAGGGAUACAGACGGAUUCACUCCUCUUCUCUUCUGGCUCUUCCCCUCCCUGUGUGUUUGGUUUCAUCGCUUCUAUCACUUUGAACACCUUUGCUCUCGAUCUCUCCCUGCCUCUCUCCCUCCAGCUGCUGGUUCCCUCUCUCCCUGCAGUCUUUAUUCCUCUGUCCUACAUCCAGACUUGCUGCUCUCUCCUCUCCCUCCUCUUUCUAACCUCUGACUACCUGACAGCGAGCUUCCACCUCUGCUCUCUCUCUUCCUCUUCCUGUUUACCUCCAUUCUCCUUUUUCUCUCGUGAUUUUUCAAUUCCUUUGCACUUGUCCGUGAUCCAUCUGACUGUGUGUGCUGUGAGGAUGCCAGUGCUAGAGGGGCUCUGGGGCCCGGAUCUCAGGAUGCGAGACUCUGGUCUUGGCGUUGGGGUCGAUGUCGGGGUCUGUCCGGACGAAGAUUCCGGCUCGCCAGUGUGGGGUCCUCUCAGGACUCCUCCGGUCACCUGCGGGGGCCUGUCGCUGGCCCUGGAACUCCCCGCUCUCAUACGGCAGCUCAGGGCGGCCUGGAGGGCACGCAGGGGAGGCCCCCGGGGGUCAGGGAGAAGCGAGGCCAGCUCUUGGGUGGAGGCAGAUAAGGAGGAGGAGACCGAGGAGUUGAAGCAGGAUGUAGAAGACAGGAGCGCAAAUCUGAAAGCUGAUGGCAGACUGGGCACUGGUCAUGCUGGUGUGUUGCUGGCUGAGAGACGAGGCUCCUACCCUCUGAUCGACCUCCGCUGCCUGAAAACCAGUCUCCAGCGGGGGGAGGUGGAGUCCGGCACCAGGAAGAAAGUCAUGCGUCAGCUGAGCUUCCAGAGGUACUGCCACGCCUCCCGGCUGCUCAGGGGAUUGGUGCCCCCCACCCCCGGGACCCUACACCUGCUGGACGACGACUACCUGGGACAGGCUGAGCACAUGUUGUCAAAGGUCGGCACAUGGACCUUUGACAUUUUCCUCUUCGAUCGUCUAACAAAUGGAAACAGCCUGGUGACUCUGAUGUGCCAUCUCUUCAAUGUGUACGGUCUCGUUCAUCACUUCCAGCUGGACAUGGUCAAGCUGCACAGGUUUCUGGGUAUGGUGCAGGAAGACUACCACUCCCAGAAUCCCUAUCAUAACGCCGUUCAUGCUGCUGACGUCACUCAAGCCAUGUACUGCUACCUGAAGGAGCCCAGGCUGGCAGAGCAGCUGAGCCUCCAGGACGUGUUCCUGGGUCUGGUGGCAGCAGCCGCCCACGAUGUCGACCAUCCCGGAGUCAACCAGCCCUUCCUCAUCAAGACCAGACACCACCUGGCCUCUCUCUACCAGAACACGUCUGUGCUGGAGAGUCACCACUGGAGGUCGACGGUGGGCAUGCUGCGAGAGUCUGGACUGCUGUCUCACCUGCCUGCUGACAUGUCGCUGGACAUGGAGCAGCAGCUGGGCUCUCUCAUUCUGGCGACAGACAUCAGCCGGCAGAAUGAGUUCCUGUCGACCUUCAGAGAACAUCUGGACAACCAGGACCUGGACCUUCAGCUGGCGUCACACAGGCAUUUUAUGCUGCAGAUUGCGCUGAAGUGUGCAGACAUCUGUAACCCGUGUCGGGUUUGGGACCUUAGCAGACAGUGGAGUGAGAGAGUGUGUGAGGAGUUCUACAGACAGGGUGACCUGGAGAGAAAGUUUGAUUUGGAAAUCAGUCCUCUGUGUAACCAGCAGGUGGACUCUGUCUCAGCCAUACAGACAGGUUUUAUCUCCUACAUCGUGGAGCCUCUGUUUGAGGAGUGGCAGCGUUUCACUGAGCCCAGCCUGCUCAGCCAGACCAUGAUGGGUCACCUGCAGAAGAACAAAGCCCGCUGGAGCCGCCUGCGACACGCACAGACAACAUCAGACACACAGACGCACCCUUCUGACGACGAGCCCGAAGGAGGAGGUGGAGAGAACAUCCCUUAAUCUUCUUCCUGUUUCUCGGGGUGUUUUCAUCUUCCUUUGUCAGUGGAGCAGAGGAGUGUUUGGCAAACCUCCUUGUUUGUCCUCCAGCGUAUUUCCUCCCACUCCUGGGUGUUCUGAGUGGGAGCACAGGAUGGGAGUCUGGCCGGGAUUAGUGAGAUUUGGCUCCCUCUGCUGGUGCAGAGGAUUAUCGCACUGCAGGGGAAAAAAAGACUGGGACGAAUCCACGAUUGAGGAAAAAAGGACGGAUUAUUUUGGUGAAUAGAUGCCAAUUGACAAAUGAACGUCACGCUCUGAAACCGUGUGAAAUCUGCUUCACAUUUACCGAGACGUGGUCGUAGAAGUGAAAGGUAACGGCCGAUGACAGAAGAGGGAUCAGCAGAGACAAAUUUGCACAUUGCUGCCAGAACAAUAAAGAAAAGCCAAAAGUAUAUAUGACUCUAACAAGUCAGCUGGACUGCUCUAUCACCGGUGUCAUGAAACAUAUGCAUAUAUCGACUAUAAUGUGCUUUUUAAUCUUUAAGAUGACACAUAGUCACCUCUUUUCACUUCUCUCUUUUUGUACAGCUCGCACUUUGGUUGGAUGCUCCACGUUUCACUGAAGUGCGUUUUAACUCUGAGCACUGAAUUGGUAUGUCAAGGUAUUGUAAAGUUGUAUUCUGUUUUAUCCUCACUGACACAAAGAGGCUUCAGCCGAGCCGCUCAACCUAAUCGUCACCAGGAUGUCGUCGGACUCACAGUUGUGGACAACACAGGCCUUUUUUUCUUUUUUAUCCAAGUGAGAGCCAUCUGUACCUACUGUGAUGUACGACCACAGCUCUUCACAUGCCAAAAUAUUCAGCCCCGUAUAACCCUUUUUACUGGGUAUGGAUAUCGUGAAACACAACUCUCUCCUACCUUUCUAACGACUCGAUGGUUGCACUUAUUAAUCCAAUAACCUCACUUUUACGAGCCUUAACUCGUGGUCUCUCUGUGAAAAUUCUGUUUUUUGAAAUCCAGGCAAAGCUUUUCUAACAGGGUUAAGUCGUGAUUGCCUGUUUUUUCUUCAGCCAUACCAGCAGAAUGGAACACUGUUUGUUUCUCGUCUGAUCUCUCAGCCAGUGUUUGAGUCCUACUGGGUCGCACACUCAGUACCAAGGUGCCAACGUACUAUUCUAAUACACUCACCCACUGCUCUGUUACCUCUCUAAGGCUGUUCUACAUCACUGUCUUUUUACACUGGCAGCACUGUAUGCACUGUAUCUUGGGCCUAUUGUUAACUAAUGAUACUUUUAAUUCUAACAUCUUAGUAUCGAGUCAAUAAUACAGAUAAGUCUCUACUGUCGGUGAUUGUUCAAAUAUGUAAUAUGUAAUCAUUGCUUCAAUAUGUAAUAUUGAAGCAAUGAUUCAUUGCCUAAAAUGGUACUUAAAUGUAUAAUCUGAGUGGUGAAACUGGUCCCUGUGGAGCUGAUGCAACUUGAAACAGGGUACUUGUAAAUAUUUGUUGCUUUACUUGUAAGACGUACUGAUAUAAAACAGUAGUGUUUUGCCUCUCGGCUUGAAAUGUGUACACGUAAGGUUUUUGCCUUGGUGGAGGCUGAGUGCACGGUGCCAGCAGUGGCCCACACGUCUUCCCUCAGCUACGACAGAAGAAUAACCCUGAGCUUUUAAAAAGAGAAAAAAACAUUACACUAACUAAUAUUCACCUUUUCUAUGAAGUGUGGUGCAAUAAAGUUAAGUCACUGGCCAAGUUGUAAGAAAGAGGCCAUGUUCAUAUCUAUCUAUGGCUCUGGUUGUUUGAGUGAUGCCUCCCUCCUGACUCACUGAAACUCCCAGUAUACGUAAAGCCACAUGCACGUCUGAAGUGCUGUCACUGUUUCUGAUGACUCUGCUGUAACCAGGUCACAGACACUCUCUGAGAACAUUUACUGUAAGAUACACACCCACUUGUAGUUACCUACUGACCUAUUCAGCUUUCAGUGUCGAGAGCUAACCUGUGAACGGCGUGAAACGUCACUAAAUGCUACCUAAAACUGCAGUACUUGUACUCUACGCCACUUUUACACGUCUCCGCUGUAGUGUAGACCUCUAGAUAAGCAUGGGCUGCCUUGUAUUUGAAUACCUCUCCGAUUCUGCGACGAUACAGGGUGUCUAAGCCAUACUGGUUUUAAUAAAUAAAUUUAAUUUAAUAAAUAAAUAAUAAAUGAAAAAAAAAAGACAUGUAAUGUAAUAUCAAGAACAAAUAUGUACUGAAACUCUUUAUUAAGUGUUUUUAUACCAGAGGGAUUAUUAUUAAUUCUAUAUCAGAUAAGUAGCGUCUUAUUAAUAAGAAGUCUGACUGUGAUUGUCAAAAAGAGAUUCAACUGGUAUAUAUAUAUAUAUAACAGUGCCAUUAUGAGAUCAGACACAAAUAACUCAACUGAAAUAUCAACUUGUCUGUAAACUAUGACCAUUUUUAUGCAUGUGCACUGAGAUCUUUCCUUUUUUAUGACCUGAGCAAAGCGUGAUCCAUGUCUGAGGUGCUGCUCCACCCCAGGUUGAACUGUGUCAUCCACUAAUCAACGUUUCACCACAGCUCCCAGUAUGGAAGUGGAAAAUAUCAUGUUUGAUCGAAAUGGUUUGUACUCAAUGUAAAGCCAAUGUUACUGAGAUAAGUUUAAUUUAAAUGUUUGUUUGUUUUUUUCUGUAGUUUGCUCAGUGGUUUAACUGUGAUCGACCCGCUGCCAAAACACUGAGACCGAUGUGAGACACUGAGCAUGUCACUGUGAGACAAAGCAGCACCUGUAGUGGCUCUCCAUCAUAUCAGGUGGUCUUCAUGAGUGCCCCUAUUUCCAUCUUCUCUGAAUGGGUUUAAUAUUCUGUUUUGUCCAUGUUGGCUUUAAGUUGCAGUUUGUGACUUUCCAUGCACAUGUUAACAACCUGAUGGCCAUAAAGCAACACUAGGCAACUUUUACUGAGCAACAGCGCCCUCUGCAGCCCCACGUGGGGAUUCAUUCUGUUGGGCUCCAAACGCACAGUCCCACUCACUGCACUGAAACUUAAUGGUGGAUAUUACCCAUGAUCCCCGGCUUCCUGAACCAGAGGAGCCACCGUUGUAACAAUUACACUAAACUUUGUUUAGAAUUCUAGAUGUUUUAAAAGUUGAAAAGAUAAACUCUGGGUUGAGUAUUAUCAACUGAUCUACAGUUCGGCAAACUUGCUGGUUAACAAUUCUUGGGAAUGUAACUGACGACCUGUUAGUUACAGAUCAUACCCGCUCACCAAAGUUACACAGAUUAAGAAAAAUCGUUACUUUUAAAGCUGCUAUUUUAAAGUAAAAAAGUUACAUAGUGUUGCUUUAAAGUCUUUGAAGGAAAAGUAAUAUCAGCCUAAUAAUUACUAUGGAACUUUUGAAUGAAACCUUUCAAAUUAAGCUCUGAUGUCUUGACUUUAAGCGUCUGUUCUGAUAACCAACCUCUGAGCACUGUGAACUACACAAUAAAUGUUUUUCAAUUAACGUCACACACAUAAUACUGUGUUUUGAGAGUGAUUGCCACUAGAUGGCGACACAUUCAUAUGCACUCCCACUUUGUGUGUGUGUGUUUGCGUCUGUGUGUGUGUGCGUGUUAGUGAUGUCAGUGAGCCGGGGGCCAUGGCUCGCAUGUAAACAAAAAAUAAUAGAGUAAGAAGAAUCGCAGGCUGACAUCACAUCACACGGCGUAAAGUUUGCAGAACAAACAAGAGAAUUGGAGGAGCUGAAUGAGUCACAGUUCAAUCAUCAAACUCUAAACUGAGGUGUUUUUCUUUUCUUCGAGGCACCUGGAAGUAGUUUCCACUAAACACAAUAAAGUUUAUAAAGCGGAAUUUGAUGUGAGAGGGACAAAAGUGGGGGAAAGAUAAAGGAAACGUCAGGAGGAGUUAUGGGGGAUUUAGUAUUCAAAAGAGACGAAUAAAGAAAUGUGAAACGGCCGUAAAUACAAUAGAUACCACUUACACUACUGAUACAGAGACUGCAGACACACACACUGUGUCUCCGUCAUUUGCAUGACUCCGAUUUGCAUUGUAAAUGAGGCUUGUAGAUUGUGA